GGGAUUGAUGACGUUUCAGGACACAGCAAGGACUGUGAGCGAUAAACAACUUUGUGAUCAAAACAUCUCUGAAGAUCAGCAGCAGAGCCAAAUUUUUACCGAACCACGGCCACACCCGAAGAGGAGAGACUUUAAUUUUCACAGAUUACCAUACAGGCUCAAAGAUGAUCGGGAAGAUUCUCUCUCACCUGAUUGGGAGCUCUGACGAGGAUUUAGAAGUUGCUGAUGACACUUACAAUGAACUGAUGGAGUUUGAAGAGGGGGGCUGGGUCAUUGUGGACCUCCCAGAGACCAGGCUGCUGUCGGCCCCUGAGGCUGACCCCCUGGAGAACCUGCUGAUCGAGCACCCCAGCAUGUCCGUCUACCAGAUGAGGCGGAGGGUUAGUGGAGCCGAGGAGGAGGAGGAAGGCUCUGAUGGAGAUGAAGAAGAGUCAUCCAGGCCUGUGGCAGUGAGGCGGCACGUGUCCUGGCGCCUGGCUGCGUGGGGGAUCCCUCUUCCCUGUAACAUCCAGCUGCUUGCUGUCCAGAGAGCCAGGGCCCAGCAUGAGCGCAGGAAACUGAGUCGCGGCGCCCUCCACAGACAGAACCUGGCCAAGAUACGAUUCUCUCCUGCAGAGAAACGCUACGGCCACUUCAAGCAGCCCUGCCAGCGCCUCUACAACUACUGAACAGAUCUGAUGGAUUAGCCUAUUAGGAGGGGAUGCUUCAUAAUGCCAUCAUCUCUGCUCAGUGCCUGAUCAGUGCCUUAGAUUACUCAGCUUUUCCACAGCCAUUUAGCUCGUAUUUUUAUUCUGUUUAUCCACACCGUGCACUGUAGUAUUUCCACCGAGCAGUCUGGUUUGGCAUAGUUUGGUACAGUUAAACAUGAUCUUGCUGGCAUUUCCACAGCCAAUGUUUGCACAGCUUCAUAGUGAUUGGAAUUUCAGCUCUUAUUAGAGAUCUGAAUCAUUUAGCUCAGCACAGUAUUAAAAGGCAUCUACUAUCCCCCGUAUAGCUUUUCAUUUAUUCCCAUUUUGGCUCUUUUAUGUCUAUUGAGCAACAACAAAAAUGUAAAAAAUGAAACCAUUGCUCAAACAGGAACUGGUACCCUUUGUUCAAAUUAAAGACCUGGCUCCUUGUACCCUCUUGUUGGCGGUACUAAGAGAAAUGCUGCUAAUGCUGCUAAGCUUAGUAAAUUAGUAGGUGGUAAACUGAUGUUAAUACUGUCACUGUUAUAAUUUCUGCCACAAAAUAGAUUUUGCGGUACUAAACUGAACAAAACUAGAUCGCCUGGUGGAAAUGCAGCUUUACCUUUAGGACUGACUCCUGAUUUUUUCAGACACAUUUGGUCUCAGGUUGAGUAUUACGAAGAGAAACAGUGACUUUCAUUCGAAAGCUUGUGUACAUUAUUUAACGAGAACAGUCCAGAUGUUUGAUUUGUUGGAUUGUUUUAAAGUAAAUCUUUUGGGAGUUGUGUAAAAGUGACGUUAAGGCUACAGUGCCUGACACUGAUUCAAUACAUGGUUUAUUUUGGCACAUAUUGUGUGGUUCUUCUUUGGUUGUAUUCAAAAUGUAUUUAACUGUGUGCAUUAGUUUUAGAUGUUUCCUUGAGAAGUUUACUGAUGAUUUCUUUCAUACCGUGUUGACUGUAUUAUAUUCAUGAGUGAAAAAAUUAUAUUAAAUGUGAAUUUGUUAAGAUAAAUGUUCUUUUUGUUUCCAAAUAGCUUUAGGUGAUAACAAAACCACUGUUUUUGUUCUUUUUAAAUUGAGGUUAACAUUUUGUACAUUUCAGAGGAUAUUCAACAUUUUCAUGUUACAUCAGUUGUUCAUUGCAGACUCAUGAGUGUAAAUAUGUUUGAGUGUAAUGUUUUUCUAUUUUUAUGUAUUUAUAAAAUGUUUAAAAAAAGACAAAUAAAUAUUCUUUUCUA